AGCCAGCAUCAGAACCAAGGGCGAGUUUUCAAAAUUGUAGUUGAACUAUAGUAUCUGAGGAGGGCAGCCAAACACCAUUGAGCGGUCACGCUGCAGGAAUUACCAAAGAAGAAGAAAACGUCACUGGACAUUACAGCAAAUAUGGCGUCCGUGACAACAGCCACUUCAGAGUGGAUCCAGUUUUUCAAGGAUGCUGGCAUCCCAGCUGGCUUGGCGGUCACCUAUGCAGUCUCCUUUGUGGACAACAGAAUUCAGAAGAACAUGCUGAUGGACCUGAGCAAAGACAUCAUGAUGGACCUCGGUAUCACAGUUGUUGGUGACAUAAUUGCCAUUCUCAAGCACGCCAAGAUCGUCCACAGGCAGGACAUGUGCAAACUGGCCACAGAAGCCAUCUCCUCAGGACAGACAAGUGUGAAAGCAGAGCUCAGAAGAACUGCCAACUCUCCAGCCACUCGAAUGAUAGCCAAUGCUUUGAGCCAUGACUCCCCACCUGCCACUCCAGUGCUUCGCCCCGACAACCGCCUAUCUGUCACAGUAUCCAAUGUGCAAGGAAGCAAGGGUAACAAAGCAGUUGUCAAUCAGCCAGAAGAUGAAGGGAACAUGUCGUCAGCCGCGAAGCACCGGCGUGUAACAGCGGAGAUGGAAGGCAAGUACAUCAUCAACAUGCCCAAAGGCACCACGGCACGCACACGCCGCAUCCUGGCCCAGCAGGGCAAGAAAGGCUUGAAGCGCACGUCAGUGUUUGCGAGACUUGGAGCCGAAUCAAAGGCUGACCCAACAGUCAACACAAACAAGCCCACCGGCGUCUUCAGCCGUCUGGACCGAGCAGACGAAGUGGGGGCGGAGCUGAGGUCGGGAAAGAUGGCGACGACCGGGCAGGAGGAAGACAGCGACGGCGAAGGCUCCGUCCUCCAGUACGCCGGCGUCCUCAAAAAGUCGCUACCCCCGCUGAGGAGGGAGCCCCCCAAAAAGCCGGGCCCCACUACUCUGCGGCGCCUGGGUGGCAAAUUCAAACGUUCCAUGCCUGACGCACCCACUCCUUCUUCUUCCUCUUCCUCCAAUGGUGUCCCCCCCGCUAAAGUCAGCGUGCUUCAGAGACUGGGUAAGCUCCAGCGUGCUGCUUCCUCUACAGUGUCCCCCCCACCCGCUGAUACCCAAGACAAUAAGGUGACAAGCACUCGGCCCAGGGCCAAGCAGAAAGUAAGCGUGGCGAGCUGCAAAGUCAGCAGCAGCACAGGAGCUGGCGCUGGAGCAGCCGACUGUGCAGGCGCCCAGAUGGACUGCAAGGCUGUCAGUGUUUUUAAGAGGCUGGGGAGCAAAAACAAGUAACUCACAUCGCCGCAAGGACUAGGAAUUGAUUUAAAAAAGAAAGAAAGAAAGACACUAACACAAACACUUUUUUUUUUGUUUUUAAUUUUGCUGCCACUGAAAACCUAAUGUUCCCCAUUUUUACCACCAGUUUCAUUGCUUGAGCAAAGAUAUUGCGAUAUUUAAUUUUUAAGACUCCAGUAUUUAAGAAUAUUAAAAAAAAACAGAUUCCAAGGCAUGAGCAUGACAUAGACUGAACUGUUAGUAUAGU